AAGGGGCGUCCACAUUCUGAACGUCGCGGCAAUCCCUAAUUCGGAAGGGUUCGAAGCUCGUGAGGUUUAGCAAAUCAAGCCAUGGCUAUGGCGACGAAGCUUGGAUUGUGAAUGCGGUGGGAUCAUUCACCACAAUGCCGAAAGCUCGUAGGCCAUUGUGCCUGCUCGGGUUGUUCGAGCCUUAUGGACGUGAGGUUGUGGACGGAAACGAGGUCGCAGAGCCAAGCGGGAGCGAUGGCGCUGGGAGCAGCGGCAAGGAAGACCUCCGAGGGAAGUAUUCAAUUUUUGAUGCGGAUGCGGUGUGCGGGAAGGGAGGGAGAUUGGAUCAGGCUGCGAUCGGGGUCACUUUCUGGGACCACGAUGAGGAGCUCUAUAUCCAGAACAACACGGUGGUGUGGAGCGCGGGGCAUCAGGUACGCAAGCGAUUCAGCUGCGAUGCAACUAUCGUGCAGGCGAAGUGGUGUCGGAUGAGCGAUACGCGGGAGCCGUUGCUCUGUGUAUUGCAUUCGGAUUUCAUCAACACGUACACGCCGUCCGGUGAAAUGCACAUUGUGCCCUUGCAUUGCCGAGUCUCUGCAAUCUGGCCGCUUCCGUGUGGAUUGUUGUUGCAACGCGGGCCGGAUAGGACCCCGAGAUUGAGCUCGGAUACGUUUUCCAUGGCCAUGGAGUCGCCGAUCCAUCCUCGUGAUUGGCUUCGUGAAGGUUUUCGGGAUAAUGUGAUCUCUCCUGUGCCGGCGGGGAGCUCUAGUGCGAGGCGGUCUAGUUUUUUAUCUACUCUGCCUGUUAGGCCGACAUCUUCGUUUUUCUAUCUGCAGCAUCCUCUUGAAAUGCCGCACCCGGUUAGGGUUGAAGAAGGGGCGAAGACGAGGUUGUUGUCUGAUAUGGACGAGAAAAUAAUUUGGAGUAGUACUGCAGUUCCGUAUGUUGUGACAUACCAUACAGCGAAGAGACAACAUACUGUGUGGGAAGUGAAAGCUGCGCCUGCAGAGUCCGAGUCUAACAUUCUGAAAGGUGCGCCUGCGUGGGAUAUCAUGGAGAGUAUUAGUUUGCAGCGUUCCUGGACCAAAAAGGGCGGACAGCAGCAGGCCCGAGAGGUGUUCAUGGCAACUGAUGAAGAUGGGGUGCCAUUGUUGUGCCUUGUUAUCGCGGAAUCGCAGCAAUUGCUUGCCCUUCGACUUCAUAGUUCAGAUCUAUCCACUGAUGGACAGGAUAAAUCAAAGCUGGAGGUUUCAUGGAAUAUCACUGCUAUAUCGGCUGCCCCGAUCGUUGCCACUCGCCCGAGGCUGAAAAGCACGGGUUCUGCUGCGUAUGAUAUUCUGACCUUGUCCCCUGAUGGUACUUUAUUUCUUCAUAUAGGUCGGUAUCAUAUAUGCCGCUACUUCCUUCCCAUCUCGGCAUUGGAAUCUCUCAAAGUAAGACCUCCAGGCAAGGGCUCUGUUUCAACCUCCAUGCCGUCGGAUGCUACGAGCAGUGGGCGAGAUGGAGCUCAGAAAAUAGUGGGUCUCUGUGAUCCAGUGCAAGGUCGUGUCAAUGUGGUGACGGAAUCUGGAAAAAUGUACCGAUGUGCAGUCAGUUUGACCCCUUCAUCAGCUAUAACUGUUCUGUGCAUGAAUGCUUUAUCCCAAGGUCUUCGUCCCGCUCUGUACCGAUACCUGUUGUCCCGAUUGCUGGAGCGAGAAUUCCCAAUUGUAGAUGCUUUGCGUGUAACAACGGCUAAAUCUAGUGGAAAACCCGACCUGGAUUGGGCAGCUUUUUCUGGCCUCAUUACGGAGAUUAUUAGAGACAUGCCUGGUGACGUACUUCCUCCUAAAGACCUUGCCCCUCCCAAGCCGGUAAAGGACGAUCCAUCUUCAUGGAAAUUUUUACUGCAGAGUAGUAUGCAUCAAAGCAAUUUGGCAGCUUUGCGAUACCCAGCUCUGAUGCCGGAGGAGAACUUCAGCAUUCUGGAGACUCUCCCAUUGCCUGGACCCAUUAUUACAGAUAACGCUGAUACAGAGACAGCUGUUUACUAUUCGGUGAUGGUUGAAAUUCUUGAAGUUCUGCACGCUGUUUAUGAAGACUGCAAGCUCGAUACGUUGCGCUGGCGAGAGCUUUGGCAGUUGGGAGCAACUCUAAGCAGUCUGGCAGCAGCGAGCGGGGAAAUGGGAUACGUCGAUCACUACUCACGCGACUUUCCCCUAGCUGUUCUGCCUUUGCCGAUCCUACCAGAAUCAGUGAGCCUGAAAAACAAUGGAAAAGUUCCUCCAAAUCUGUUUCAGUGGCUUGAGAAAUGUUUGAAAGGCAAUCGGCCAGCUGAGAAUACGGAGAGUUUGCCUGGUUUACUCACCAAGGAGACGGCUAGUUGUGUUGAUUGGUCCCGCAGAGUGAUUGGGUUCUAUGAUCUUUUGACUGGAGGGGAAGUCGUGAACGGGCGCCUACCAUCAGGUGUGCAACUUAGCAUUUCAUCAGGCAUUGCUACUACUGGAGAGCAGCGCACAGUGCUUGCCAUGGUAGCUGAAGGCUUCGGAUUACCCGAGCUAGAUCGUCUUCCCCCUGGAGUCUCCCUUCCAUUGCGUCAUGCUUUGGAUAGAUGUCGUGAAGCUCCCCCAGGAAACUGGCCAGCUCAAGCGUAUGUUCUUAUUGGCCGUGAGGAUUUAGCUUCCACUCAUGUAGCAAGGCCUUUGAAACAUAUGACAUCGCAUAAAAUCGGCGAGAAUCUCAAAAUGGAUGAGUCAGGGACAGUAACCAAGCAGCCCGACUAUCUUUCGAUGGCAGCCCCUUACACUUCACAUCUACGACCUAUCUCCAGUCUUCCUGGGUUUAGUGAUCCAAAUGAUACUGCAGAUGCCAAUGGGACCACAGCUGGAGUAGAUCCUCAGUUGGUUGAUGGUAUGGAGCACAUGGCCACCACAUCAGCACCGCUGCGCUUUGGUCGAGAUCUUCGCUUGAAUGAAGUGCGGCGGUUGCUGGGUUCAUCAAAGCCGGUGGCGGUGCGAACAAAUAAUGUACCAGAUGUGAGUGACCCUGAUAUUGUUGCUCUGCAGCAGGCACAACUAUGGCAAUUAGCUCAACGAACCACCGCAUUGCCUUUUGGACGAGGAGCUUUCACUCUAGGCACAUCUAGUGCAAUGUUGACAGAGGCUCUGCCCAUACCAAAACUGAUACUAGCAGGACGCCUUCCUUCGCAAAAUGAUGCUACUGUGAAUUUGGAUGCAAACACAGCCAACCUUGCUGAUGUAACUUCAUGGCCGGAUUUUCAUAAUGGUGUCGCUGCUGGUCUUAGGCUUGCUCCAGGUCAGACAAAGAUCUCUCGCACCUGGAUUGUCUAUAAUAAACCUGAUGAGCCAAAUUUUUCACACGCGGGCUUGCUGAUGGCUCUGGGGUUGCUUAAGCAUCUUGGUGUGCUUGCUGCGACCGAUGUUUAUCGCUACCUUUCUCAGGAGCAUGAGGCAACGACUGUAGGUGUACUCCUGGGUAUGUCUGCCGCUCACCGGGGUACCAUGGACCCUGGUAUUUCCAAAAUGUUGUAUCUCCACAUUCCAGCUCGUCAUCCCCCUUCUUAUCCAGAACUGGAGUUGCCAAGCCUCGUGCAGUCUGCAGCAUUAUUGGCCGUCGGUCUCCUGUACCAAGGCUCAGCACACCGUCUAACCACGGAAAUUCUUCUUGCGGAGAUUGGGCGGAAGCCUGUUGGUGAUAAUGCGUUGGACAGGGAAGGGCAUGCUCUUGCGGCAGGUCUUGCUUUAGGACUAGUAACUUUAGGUCGAGGAAGGGAUGCCUGGGGUCUAGCUGAUCUUCACAUCGAAGAUCGCUUGAGAUACUACAUUUCUGGUGGGAGUGAUACUAUUGAUGAACGGCAAAGAAGGUUUGAUGGGACCGUGAGUAGUACCAACUCAGUGUCGAGAGCUUUUGACGACCAAACACAAAUUAUGGAAGGGUCAACCGUCAAUUUGGAUGUCACUGCUCCGGGUGCAACUCUUGCUCUGGGGCUCAUGUUUAUGAAGACCAAUUGUGAAGUGGUAGCAGCUCGACUGGCCAUUCCGGAUACCCAUUUUUCUCUUGAGUAUGUUCGACCUGAUUUCAUAUUGUUACGAUUAGUGGCGCGGAGUCUGAUUUUAUGGGACAGUGUGCAGCCAACAGAGGAAUGGAUACAGGCUCAGGUACCUGGUAUCGUGAAGGAGGCAAUUCUAGUUUCUUCGAAGGAAGGUUCUCCUGAGCUACCCCUUAACGCUGAUGCAGACCUUGAAGCUCUUGCGCAAGCACACGUUAACAUUCUUGCUGGAGCUUGUUUAUCGAUUGGACUGAGAUAUGCAGGGACAUCCAGUGCGGAAGCUCGGCAAUCAUUACGACAUUACGCUCUCUAUUUUAUGAAUGAAAAGCGUGCAGCAGUUCCACAUGGUGCUGCUGCAAGCCCUAAUAAUAGGCGUCAAUAUGUAGACCGUAAUAUCCUUGAGACAUGUCUCAAUGUUGCCGUGCUUUCUUUGAGCCUGGUCAUGGCUGGCACAGGCCACCUUGAUACUUUCAGGCUCUUGAGGUUCUUGAGGCGAAGAACAGAUGCUGAUGGUAUCACAUUCGGGAAUCAGAUGGCCAUAAGCAUGGCCAUUGGUUUCCUUUUUCUUGGUGGAGGUGGUCUUACAUUUGCGACUAACAACGGUGCAGUAGCUGCACUACUGAUUGCAUUAUAUCCCAGGUUUCCAACUGCGCCUAAUGACCAUCGAUGUCACUUACAGGCAUUCCGCCAUUUGUAUGUUCUGGCGACAGAAAAGCGCUGUUUGCAAACUGUUGAUGUGGACACUGGACUGCCUGUCUAUGUACCCAUCGAAAUGACCUUGAAGGAGACGGCACACUAUGGUGAAACUACUUUUAGCCGGGUGACACCUUGUAUUCUUCCAGAGCGGUAUCUUCUGAAGCGAGUGCGAGUUUGUGGUCCGCGGUAUUGGCCGCAGGAUACUGAGCUGCCGGCUGUAGACAAACCAUGGUGGGAACCAGGGGAAUCAGGUCCUUUUGAUGGGGGUAUUUUGUAUGUGAAGCGUAAAGUAGGGGCGCGCUCGUAUGCAGACGAUCCAAUAGGUUGUCGAUCUUUGCUCUCUCGAGCAAUUCAUAAAAGUGGCGAUGACAAUUGUUCACGAGCAGCUGGCAGAAGUCAGCUUUCUGAAGUAGAUCAGCUAGUGAGCACAUUCUCAGCUGAUCCCAGCAUGUUGGCUUUCGCUCAACUCUUCUGCAGCGGAGCUGACAACAAGAAAUCUAGUGGGGAUUUCGACAAUUUCUGUUUACAAGCUUUAUAUGAAUCUGUGAGCACUGAUCGUCCAGCUUUACUGCAGACAUACUUGGCACUGUAUACUUCGGUUGAGGCCUUGAUUGAUCGUGCCACUGGUAGGGGAACUAGUGCAAACGGCAUUUGUAGCGACUCUCUAUCAAUAUACAGUUUAAAGGUUGCAAUGGCGUAUUGUGACAACAUAGAUCAAAGCGCAGAGGGCAAGCCCCUUGUCCAACGCACCUUCUUAUCUGGACUUGCAAAAAGGGUGGAUGAUGUUCUAAACAGCCCUCUUCGUUCAUCCUCUGAGGCUCAGGAUGCAGAAAUGAAGCCUUACUUUUCUGAGCUGUUUUCUUACCUUGAUACCUGGCAGUUCCCAUUGAAGCAGAUAACACAAACAGAACAUGGUGUGAAGAAAACAUCAGGUCUAGGGACAAGAGUUUGCAGUAUAAUGUUCUCAUGUUUCCUCUGUUGGUAUGGAAUCCCUCAGCCACAGCGUGUAGCCUCUGUGCUCCAGCAGUUAGUUCUAGAGGUUCCGGGUUUUCUGAACACCAGGCAAUCGGAUUUGCAUUCUGCUCUUCCGAUGCUUGGACUUGCGUUACCCAGCACGCCAUUGCCAGCCUUGUUACGGAUUUCAGAGUGCUUGCCAUUUCUCUCUCUUGCUAAAUUCAGGUAGAAUGACACUGCCUGUGAUGGGCAGCGCUCUCUGAAGCUAUAUCAUGGUUAAGCUUAGAAGUCCGAGCUCACAUGAGAGGUCUCGACUAGAGACAGGUAUUGUAUCGUGUUGUUGGUUCAAGUGAAUUUCCCUAUGGCCCAAUUCGACCUGUGUAUCACAUUAUUUUGAUGGAAAACUAGGGAAAGAUUUGUGGAGCAGAGCGUUGGACCACAUGUGGUAGCAUGUUUCCUACUUAUCGUUCAUCAAACCGGAUUCUAGACAACACAGAAGGCAGAAGGGACGAACAACAAUUAUGAAUUGUGAUUGGGCGAUUAUACGGAGGAGCGCUAUAUUCAUGCUGCUUCAGGGAUUUAUUUUUAUGCCGAGGCAACCAGAUCUGAUCACAAUGUAAAGAAGCAUGAUUCACCGAUCAUGGCAUGCAGAUCUAGCUCCAGGUUUUCAUCAGUGCUUUCUCAUCUACCAUGUAUUUGGAAAGAGGAAAGUCCCCAUGCUUGCGGAAGUGUGGCAUGCUUGUAAUCAAUUCCGGCAGUAAUCUGAUCAGAAAGGUACUGCAAAGAACUUCGAAUUAAACGUUUUAUGAUCAUGCAACGACAGAGGGAAACUCAGGAUAAAACUACUGCAUUGUUUAUUACGGGGAUGUUCUGGUAAAAUUGUCACUCUACUUGCUCAGCACGGCUCUGGCAUUUGCCUCCUAACUCCAAGACCAGAUUCUGUAUCUUAGAUGAGAACUAAACAUGUUGGUGCAUCUCCAGGACAUGUUGGAGAAUGCACACGCAAUACACAAGGUCAUCUUUAGCCGGACUUUGCGGACUCAUGGGAAAUAGCUUUAAAAAAGAUAUUGCACACUGCUCGAAAUACUACCAAAAAAGAAUAGAAAAUAAAAGAAAAUCUAUCUUUGGUUCGUGAGAUGCAGAUUCUGGGCAUUUGAGGCUUAAGUUUUGCUUUGUUGAAAGCAAAUUUGGAAGCCUAGCACGAGCCCCUUGGCAGCACCCACAACAUCGAAACUGUUCACAUCAUUCGAGCCACCUGCCAAUCUGCAAAGCAUAAGGUAGAUGCAAAGGACAAAGUGGGGGAAAUGGGGGCUAAAAGCAAACCAGAGGCUAGCACCGACAGGUGACACUAGGUGGAGGAACUUGCGCACUGAGGACAGGACAAACAGAUGCGUGCUUCCUGCUAGGAAUCACAUACGCUUACCAUAAAUCAAGGGCCGCUCCCUCCGAGGUCGCUCUCAGUACAGAUCCCUGCUUAACUAAAUUAUUUCUCUAGUGAAGCUGGUGACGCCAGGCUGAAUGUGGGGUACUGCACACAAAUGACGACAGUUAACAAUGUUGGAUUCCAGCAAAAAUAGCCACCCCGCCUGUCUUUUCUGUACACCGCACGACCAUUAGUGGAGCACAAGGCACCUUUGUAACUCUCACGUAAGCCUUCUCCAUUAGUCCAGUUUUUUCUUCCUCCUUUGUCAUUUCCGCCAGGGAGACACUACCUGGCUCCUCUUACACGAACAAUCCAAAUUUGAUACUCUUCAGAGUAGGAGGGAUAUUUGAAAUUGCUGCACAUCCAAAAUUUAAUAGUUUGGGUAGAUUCAAAACACAUUAGUAUGUUUACUUUUGCAGGUAGUUGCAAGGUGAUAAAAAGUAAUUUUUUUAGGGCGAGAGUAUCACAAUGGACGAUGUAAUGUAUUAAAAUAAUGGAGUGCAAUUGAUAAUAA